AUGCAUCUUUCCACUAUUCUCCUCCUCAGCGCCUCUCUCGCUUCGGCACAAUACGGCCCAAGCCCGGAGGCACUAGAAUACCUCAAAAGCCUCAACGGCGCAAACAACGGCCAAAACCAAAACCAAAACCAGGGCCAGAACUACAACCCCGACCACAAUGGCAACCUCGGCAACUACGACGCCGACCACAACGACUAUGAAAACCUCCUCCCGAGUCCUCACACCCCAAUCCAAGCCCCAGCAUCAUCGCCAACCCCGAUCCACAGUACAUUCGUCGUGCGCCCUUCCCAGGCAUUCGUUGCUCCGUAUCAGGCCCCAGCACCGGGAUACGAGUACAAUUACCCAGCCCCGGCUGUCUCUAAACCACCUGCCACACAGCCAGUCCAGCAGGCUCCAGCUCGGGCUCAUAUUCCCCAGCACCCGGAAUCCAACCAAGACCAGUCCCGGGAUUCCCGUCGGUCCUAUGGAUUACCAUUCAAUUUAGAGGACGAGGACGAGGAUGCUUCGGCCGGAGCAUCGGGUGGUGCUGCACCGCAGGUUGCUCCGCCUGCGCUGUUCACGAACUCCAAGUUUGGGAAGGAUGAGGGGAAUACUUUCUGUACUGGAAGUUGUUUUAAGGAGGAGAGUCAGGCGAAGUGUGCGAAACCUUAUGGUUUGGAUCUAGAUAUUGGGCUGUGA